CCCUGUUGUCUGUUUCGGCCAGCUGAUUGCAUGUUUCUUUAUUGGUUAUGUUAACCAUAAAUAAUUUUUCAAAUAUUUAUUUAAAUCAAAAGUUGUAACAAAAUUAUAGUUGUUGAAAAAUGGUGUCACAAACUUUAGUACGUCUUGUAAGAAGUCGUGGACCAGAUGAAUUCUGGCGCAAAAGAAAAAUAUUCAAACUUUCAGCGCAUUUCCGUGGACGCGGCCGCAAUUGUUAUACAAUAGCAAUACGCCUUGUUCAUCGUGCAUUGGCGUAUGCGACGAAGGGAAGGAAACUAAAAAAAUUAGACAUGGCCGAGUUAUGGUCAACAAGAGUCGCUGCUGGUUGUGAGCAAUAUGGGCUACCUUUGCAAACCUUUAAGGAGUGCUUGGUUAGAAGCGAUAUACUUUUAAACAGAAAAAUGCUUGCAGACCUAGCUAUAUGGGAACCAAGAUCUUUUGAAGCCUUAGUGAAAAUAUCCCGUGAGCGAGCUGCUGUUGAAGGUCUUCCAGAUAUUAGAGAGCGUUCUGCUAUGAAUCAAGUAUACGGACUAUCCAAUAUAAAACUACACUAAUUGUCAUAUAUAUCUAAAAAAAAAAUUAAAUAAAACUAAGAAAUGUUAUUAAAGCG